AUGAAUGAAUUAAGGGAACUAAGUAAAAAGAUUAAAGAAAACACAACAAACACAAAAAAAGAGGAAAAAAAAAAUGAUCCCGAAAUAAAAAACCUAUUUGAAAAUUUGUUCUCAAAUAAUUCCAUAAAUUAUUUAAGUUCAUUUAUAACCAAAACAAAUAUAUAUGAGAAAACAGAUGAAAAUGACAAUAAUAAUAUAAGAGAAGUGUUGUCUAACCAAAAUAAUAAAAUAGAAGAUAUGGGCAAGGUUCUUUUUAAUGAUGAUAAUAAAUUUAUGAAAAGUUUAAAUAAAUCCAGAGAUUCAUAUAAUUUAAAAAAACAAUAUUAUAAAAGAGAUCAUUAUAUUCAUAGUGAGGAAGAAUAUAUGAAAAAUAAAAUACAAAAAAAUCAAAUUAUAAAAAACGGUAUAUAUAUAAAAAGUAAAGAAUUUGUACCAAAAAGAGCUGAAGAAAUAUUAUGUGAUCAAAAUGAAAAUAUAAUAGGUAAAAUUAUUAAUGUAAAAAGUAUAUUUUCAAAUACUAAAAAAAAUAUAGAAACAAAAGAUCUUAAUAAACUUAUUGAUAAUUAUGAGGAAGAAAUAAAGAAAAGAAGUAAAAAUUUGGAACUUUUUAUGAACAAAAAUAAAAAUGAAAAUAAUUAUAACGAUAAAUGGGAUGUUAUAAAUAAUUUUAAUCUACAAAUGAAUUCUAUAGGGAAUAAUAUGAACGGAUUUGAAAAUGAUUUAUUGUAUGAAUUGUAUUUAAACAAAAAAAAAAAAAAAAAAUCUUAUGAUUCUCUUGUUUUCUUUAAAAGAUUUUUUAAUUGUUUAAACGCUUAUAUAUAUUUUCUGAAUAAAUGUGAGAAAAAUUAUAACAAAUUAAAAAUUAAGAAAUCUUUAUUGUAUUUAAGAAAUUGUAAGGAUCAUAUUUUAUUAAUAAAAGCAAUAUUAAAGUUUGUAAAAAAACAGGACCAAAAUAUUAAGAACGAUGAACAAAAUAACAACAACACAAAUAAUAAUAAUAAUAAUAAUAUUAAUAAGAUGUUGAAAAAUUCAAAUGUAGAUAAACAAAAAUUUUUAGCUUAUAACAAAAAUAUCGAUAGAGUAGUGAGAAAAGAAGAAGACACGUCAUUUAAUACUCACACGAAUAAUACUGAAAAUAAUAAUAAUAAUACUGAUAAUAAUAAUAAUAAUACUGAUAAUAAUAAUAAUAAUGAUAAUAAUAAUAAUAAUAAUACUGAUAAUAAUAAUAAUGAUUAUAAUAAUGAUUAUAAUAAUGAUAAUAAUAAUGAUUAUAAUAAUGAUAAUAAUAAUGAUAAAUGUUUUAGCGAUGAAGUAAUCAUAGAAGAUCUAAAAAAUCUUCUGAAUAUUAAAAACAUUUCAUCAUACCCAAAUAACAAUAUAACAUUCAUAAAAGAAAUGAAAAAUAAAUAUAACGAAUUAUUAAACAAAUUAAAAGAUAUAGUUGAUAUUAUUUAUAAUAAAAUGUUUGAAUUUAAAAAUAAUAAUAUUAAAAUAUAUAAAUAUAUUUAUUUACGUUCUAAUGAUAAUCUAACUAAUGCAGAUAUGAAAGAACAAAAAAUUUGUUAUAAUACCUUUUGGUAUCUAUCUUUUAUUUUAAACGUACAUGUUAAUUAUUUGAAUAAAAUAAAGAAAAGUAUAAUUCCUUAUUUUUUCAAAUUAAUGGUUAUCAUAUAUUGUAUUAUAAAACAUAUAAACGAAACGUACAUAUUAAACGAAAUAUCACGAAUGGGCGAUAUAAACUCAAUAUCGUAUGAGAAUAUAAAGAAUGUAGUUUCAAAAUUAAUAAAUAAAAAAGAUAAUUUAGAUGAAUCAAUUUAUUAUGAAACCAUGAAUGAUUUUGAUAAAUUUAGACAGUAUAUAUUUUGUGCUGAUAAUAAGAAUAUUAUAGAAGAGGAUAUAAUAAAAACAAAUGAUUCUCACAUUAAAAGUGAACAAAAUGAUUUUCAUAAUAUUAAUUUAUAUAAUUAUAUAUGUGAAAAUGAUGAUUCCAUAUGUAUCGAUUUAGAUCUUUUGUUUACAAAUUUAAUUUCAUUAAUAAAUAAUAAUAUGAAUAUAUUAAAUGAAUCAAAUCAAUUAAAAAAAAAAUAUAUAGGAAAAGAAAACUUGACAAAUGACGAAAACAAAACUAAAUAUAAUAUAUUUAUUUUGUUAUCAAAUUGUUUAAUAAAUUUUACAAAAUUGAUGGAAUUAUUAUUCAUUUUUAAUAAUAUAGGUAUGUCUUGUUUUGAUGUGCAUAUCGAAAAAAACGUGAACUCAUAUGAUUUAACAAAUAUAUUUAAUUUCUAUUUUGAUAAUCAAAAUGAAGAUGUAAUAAGUGAUCAAAGAUAUUUUUAUAAAUAUGAUGAGGUUUUAACAUCUGAAGAAAACAUUAACCAUGUUACAGAUAAAUUAAAAUUGAAAUAUGAUGAGGUUAUACAAAGAGGAACUAAAGAAUAUAUUACAAAUCCUAAUUACGAUAAUGAGAAAAAAGAUUCUGCAAGUAAUAAAAAUGUAAAUAAGCAAAUUAGUAAUAAUACCUUUGCUCUAUAUAUAUUAAAUAAAGAAUUGAAUGAAAACAUAUUUUCAUUUUUUCAUAAAAUUAAUUUAAAAAGAAAUAAUUUAAAUGAUAUAUAUAAUGUGUAUUAUAUAUACAAGUGGAGACAAAAACAAGAAUCAUUUAAUUUUUUGUUAAAACAUAUUUUUAAAAAAAAUUUCAUUUAUUAUAUUAAUUAUAUAUAUACAAUAUUGGGUGAUAUAUUUGUUUCCAGAAAUGUAGAGGAUUAUAUAUUAAUUGACGAUAAUGUAGAUAAGUAUCUAUUUAAUUGUUUUUUUGAUAUGUAUACAUAUGAAAUAAAAAAUAGAAAUGAUGUAAAAUAUGAAUCCAUAUUAAAUUAUAUAGAUGAAAUACAUGCUAUAUUAAAAAAAAAUAUACAAGUAAGAAUUGAAAAAAAUAUGCAACAAAAAAAUGUAAAAAGAAGAACAACAAACAAAGGUGAAGAAAUAAAGAUGAUAAUUAUUAGUAAUUAUGAUAUUAAAAAACACAAAGAAGAUAAUAUUAAUAAUAAUGAUGAUAAUAAUUAUAAUUUUUCAUCAUAUGAUGAAAUUGAAAAUGAAGAUAAUAUUGAAAAAAAUAAUAACAAUCUAAAAAUUAUUGUCCAACCUAAUAAAUUAGGCUGCAUACAAAUACAUAGGAACAUAUUACAUGUAGUUAUAUUUAUUUAUCGUAUGGUUUCCUAUUCAUAUGAUAUAUUAUUUAAAAUGAAAGAAGGAGAAGAAAAAAAUAAAGGGAUAUCAAAUGUUAAAUUACAAAAUAAUAAUAAUAAUAAUAAAAAUAUAUAUUUUACUCAAGAACAAUUAAUGUUUAUUAUUCAUUUAAAUAUAAUUUUACUAUCUUACAAAAUUAUUAAAAGUAUUUAUAAUAUAUUUUUAAGUUAUUCUUUAUUCAUAUUUCGUUUCUGCUGUUUGUCCAAUUUGAAGGAUGAGCAAGUAUAUUUAUUAUGUAUAAUAAACACAUGCAUAUUUUUAAAAAAAAUUUUACAAAAUAUAAAUAAUUUAUAUAUGAAUUAUAAGGAUAUGUUUCAUUUUUAUAUUUUUUCGGAUGAUAUAUUACUGCAGCCUUUAAACACAUCAAAAAGGUAUUUCCCCAAUCGUUAUAAGAAUGAUUAUACAGAUGAUGAUAUAAAAGAGAAUCAUAGUGAUCAUCAUAUUGAUGAUGAUGAUAUGAGUAUUUCCGAUGAUAAUAUUGAUGAUGAUAUGAGUAUUUCCAAUGAUAAUAAUGAUGAUGAUGAUAUGAGUAUUUCCAAUGAUAAUAAUGAUGAUGAUAAAUAUUCAAUUAGUGAUAAUAAUUACAUUUUUGAAGAGGAAAAAUUUAAAAAUAAAGAUUUUAAUAAACUAAACAACAUGGAUAAUAGUAAUAACAAUAGUAAUAAUAAUAAUAAUUAUUAUUAUUAUAGUAAUACUAAUGAUGAUGCGGACAAAUCUAUUAACCCCUUAUGUCCCAUUUCCUUAGAAGAAAACAAACCCUUAGGUGUAGGGGACGGAAAAAAAGAAAGAAAAAAAAAAAUUGUGCAUAUAAAAAAAAAAAACUUCUGUAAGAAUAAUAAUGAAAAUGUUUUAUUUAUUGAUAAAAUAAGUAUCCUAAGUAAGUUACAUUUACUUGUAGACAGAAUUAAUAUAAAUAUAGAUAGUUUUCAAAAUAUAUUAAUAAAAUUACAUAAACAAAAUAUCUCUAAGUUAUUAAAUAAAAAUAUAAUACUAAUGGAGGAAAUAUAUUUAAUAAAUACUUUAGAAAUAAUUAAUAUAAUUUUUGAAUUUUUUCAAAUACAAGUUGUGUAUAAAUUAAUACAUAGAAGUCUUCUUCUAAGGAUAAUGGAUUAUUUUUUUUAUUUAAUAAAUAAAAAUAUACACAAUUUUAUAUAUGAAAAAAAGAAAAUUAAUGAAUUCGAAAGAAAUCAUUUGUAUGAAAAUUUUGUUCUCAUUCAAAAUAAAUUAUCAUUUGUUAUGAUAAAUUGUAUAG